AUGGCAACACUCGGUAUAGUCACUGGUGGUAUAGGGAUUGCUAGUGCGACAACACACAGCAUCCACAAACUGAUCCAGACUAUCGAUGCUAUCAAAAGUGCACCAACCGAGAUAGCUAAUCUCAAGAAUGAGCUAUUGGCCACGGAGCAGGUUCUUUCGGGGUUGGAAGACGCAAACCAGAGCUCCCAGCUUGAACUCCUUCCUUUCAAUUCCAGACAGACUUUGCAGAGAACCAAUAUACUCUGCAAAGAUGCCUGUGACAAGUUUAAGGACAAAUUAGAGAGCUGGACCAAGCGUUCGGAUGAUGGCGUCAGUAUGCGAGAUCGCUUUGGGUUCGGCAUUCUCCGUCAAAAAUCUGUCAAGAGUUUAUGUGAACAGCUUGAACGCUGCAAGUCAAAUGUUAACAUGGCAGUUGGCUUCGCAACAAUUACAACUUUGGCCUUGCGUUCUACCACUAACGCAAUGCAAAACGACUUCCAAGCCAGAGAAAAUGAAAUCUCCCAACAAAUAGUCGAGAUUGAGCAGCAAAAUGCGGUAGUACAGAUGGAUCUAGAUGACUCCACAGAGGUAUCGCUUCCAAACGAUCAGGAGCAUACUCUACUUGUCGACCAACUCAACUAUCAACGUGCUACUCUGGAGGCCUCUCAGGAAUUCAUGAAAGAUCUGCUUACGCAGGCUAGUCAGGUCCGGAGAGGACAAAGGAUAACUGAUGUCGAAAUGAGCGGAAAAGGAAAGGCCCUCGUUGGAAGAGUAGGCUUCGAGAAUGACGAAGGCGAUCUUUAUCAGGAGAUUCACAACAUCAAAGCUACAACUGGUGGCAAGGGAAUAGUAGGGGUGGUUAAAGGAUUGGACAUCAAUGCGUUUUUCAAAGACUAG